AGUAGAACAGAACAAAACUGUUAUAACCCAUUAUUCUGCCAUCAUCUCAUUCGUAAGUUCUGUGUCAUCAUUUAUCACUUCUGAGGAGCAAUCGGUGCCUUUUCUACUGUUGCAGCGGGGCGCUGGCGAAUGGCGGCAGCAGACUCAUGGGCGUCGGGGGCGACGGCGGCAACGGCGGGGGCGGCGACGAGGGCGGGGGUGACGGUCUGGUACCGCACCCUUGCCUCCAGACCGAGUUCGACGCCCUGUUCCAAUAUAGUCGCCCACGCAAACCUGGGCUGCGCACGCGCGUGGUGAGCGCGCGCCACCGCUGCGCGCCCGCGGCGCUGCCCGGCCGCCUGCUGCGCCUGCUGCUCGGGCUGUUCCCGGCGCUGAGCUGGAUGCCGCGCUACCGCCGCCGGGACCUCGUGCCCGACAUCAUCUCGGGCUUCACCGUCGCCGUCAUGCACAUCCCGCAAGGGAUGGCGUACGCGAUGUUGGCCAACGUGAUGCCCAUCGUGGGGCUGUACAUGGCCUUCUUCCCGGUGCUGCUGUACGUCGUCAUGGGCACCUCAAGGCACAUCUCG